GAGCUUUUCAUGGUGAUUAAUUCUAUACUCCAUUUAUACCAGAAAACCAGGAUAAAGACAAUGUUGAAUAAUGGAAUUAAUGUUCCUGACGUUGUUAAAGUUUACAACAUUUCAGAAGCCAUCAAAAUAGAAUAUGUUGAAUGUAUUACAUUCAAUAGUAAACUUGCUGGUGAUGAACCAGUUUACAGAAAGAAAAAAAGAAAUGGUGACAAAUCCCACAAAUCCGACAAAUGUGAGGAUAUUAGAGAUAAUAUCAUUUUUGUAAUGAGUACAACAAAUG